AUGAACUCCCAUCCCCAAUUCGACCCGCCCACCAUGCUCGGUCUAGGAGGCAGCGGGAGGACGGAGGACAACUUCGAUAUCUUCGAAUGGUACCCGCGCUAUCAAAGCUGUCAACGCUAUUUCCUCGACCACGCCCAACACAGCGUCCCCGUCCAAGCCCUCUCCGCAUUCUUAAACAUCCGUCUUCCCUUCCAACGCCAACCCUCAGUCUUGAACUCCUCUCCAUCCGCCAUCCCACCGCCAGACGCCCAACCAGGCCCGCCGUCUGUCUCGCUACUCCCCUACAUCCGCCGCCUAGUCGCAACUGGAAUGGACUUCCCGGGUGUUCUGCAUGGCUUUUUCGGCGACGACUGGGGCAGCGGCAUCGGGCCCCUCCACGAACAAGAACGCCGCAACUACCUGUUCGCCGCGAAAAGCGGCGGUUGGGCCUCCGUCAAGAAAGACUACGACAUGCCCCCACUGGAAACGAUCCCAUUUUUGCGUCCCCUGCAGGGACCCCUCGAUGCCGAGAUCGAGGCUGCCGAACGCAGUUGGAGUGAAUGGCUCGCUAUGGAGGACUGGAUGGUCGGCCCGCGGGAGCCUGAUAUCUUACAAGAUUCGUCUUCGCAGAAUUCACGACCGCGGAGUUCGCGCGGGUAG